AAUUAAAUAAGCAAUAUGUUUACGCGUUCUCGGCUGUUUUUGUCCAAGGCGCUACCUUUCAGAAGCCUUUUGAAGCAGGAACAUCAAAAUGAGACUCGUUUUGUGUACAAUGUUAGUCCGGCAAGGAAUCGUUCAACGAGUCCUAUUAAUACGGUUAUAAUGUUCGUUCCACAACAAGAGGCAUGGAUUGUGGAACGUAUGGGUAAAUUUCACAGAAUACUUGAUCCAGGGUUGAACCUCCUUUGGCCUAUCUUGGAUAAAAUCAAAUAUGUCCAAAGUCUGAAGGAAAUUGCCAUUGAUGUACCUAAGCAGAGUGCCAUCACUUCGGACAAUGUCACUUUGAGUAUUGAUGGUGUGCUGUAUCUCCGUAUUAUAGAUCCUUAUUUAGCUUCUUAUGGUGUCGAAGACCCUGAAUUUGCCAUCACUCAGUUGGCACAAACUACAAUGAGAUCUGAAAUUGGUCAAAUAUCUCUGGACAAAGUGUUCAGGGAGAGAGAAUCACUCAAUGUGUCCAUGGUAGAGGCAAUCAAUAAAGCCAGUGAAGCCUGGGGGAUUACUUGCUUACGAUAUGAAAUCCGUGAUAUAAAGCUGCCAUCUCGCGUGCAUGAAGCUAUGCAGAUGCAAGUAGAAGCCGAGCGGCGGAAACGCGCUGCCAUCUUAGAGUCUGAGGGUGUACGAGCAGCAGAUAUUAAUGUAGCUGAGGGCAAGCGACAAGCUAGGAUAUUGGCUUCAGAGGCCGAAAAGCAGGAACAAAUAAACAAGGCAGCUGGUGAAGCGCAGGCCAUGCUUGCAGUGGCAGAUGCGCGGGCACGGGGACUGAAACUUAUCGGCAAUGCACUCUCGGCACGAGACAGCAAGUACGCGGCGUCAUUAACAUUGGCUGAGCAGUACGUUUCGGCAUUUAACAAGUUGGCUCGGACAAACAACACACUAAUACUGCCAGCUAAUGCGGGAGACGUGUCCAACUUAGUUGCACAGGCCAUGUCGAUUUAUACAACGGUAUCACAGCAAAAUUUACAGGGUAGGGAUAGUCAGGCCCAAGUUGACAUCUCAGACCCACAGAUUGAAGAUCCUCUAGUCAAUGUCAGCCAACUCACAGAGAGAGGCACCACAUUGGCAGGCCAGCCCGUUCCAAGUGAAGACGACAGCUUAGCAGAAUAUUUCUCAGAUGAUGAAGAAAGACAAAAGGCUCUACAGCAAAAGAAAGAGAAAGAACAGCAUUUACAGCAUAAGCUAGAAUGAGAAACAUAGAACUGAUAAGAAGUAUUGUUGUUAAAUAAAAUAAUUUAAUUUAAUGCAUUUUGUUUUUAUGUACGAUUAAUAAAUCAUUGCUAAGCGUUAUCAUUUGAAACGUUAUCAUUGAAAAAAAAAAAAAAUGUUUCAUAGGCACUUUAUUGGCUUUUAUGUUAUACAAUAUAGUAUAUUUUGUUAUACAUAUCUAAAAAAAAAACAAUAGUUUACGUAAUUAAAUAGUGGUGCCAAUCAUUGUCAUUGCUUUGUGUGCACGUGAUCAUAGAUCGUAACCGUGUACAAAUUUCGUGUAAAGAUAGAAAGAGGAUUGCGAUAACGUCAUUGGGUAGUGUGAUUGCAAUGAACAGCUAGUGUGUGCUACCAACAAGCUUGUUGAUAGGUCAAUAUUUACAUUGAUGUACAGGUACAUAAUAUAUCGUCAUUUCCGUGAUUUUUGUUCAGGCCAUGCUCAAUAGAUGGCGAUUACUAAAUUUCAAACUAAACUCGUGCUCGUGGAAUGUCACAUAAUUUUUCUUCUUUUACACUUCAAAUGUAAAAUUAACACACUGUAGUGAUCUAGGAGCCUUCU